AUGGCAACCUCGCCAAAAUUGCUUGCAGACAAAGGCUAUGGUAAUCGACUUCGAUGGAAAUCUAUGACUGCACGUGAACAAGGGCCUAACUCUGAUAGUAAACAUGGCUUGAUCUUCAAAAAUCAACAUUGCAGUGACGAGAGCAUCGCGCGUGCGGAGACUGAGCCUCCGGCGCUGGAAACAAGUGUGUCAGGCCAACCGAUUCACAGUCUAGAAGGAUUGCCUACGUCAGUCUCCAAACAGCUUCUCGAGUUCUACUGUUCCAACAUUGCUCCUAUGAUGGUGUGGCUAGACUCCAAACAGAACGAAUACAAGAGACUCGUCAUUCCUCUAGCCGAGACACAACAAGUACUUAGACUUGCAAUCAUGGCAAUUGCAGCUGCCCGCGCGCCUCACAAUUUCGAUGUCGAUGACAGUUUCUCCCGUCAGGCUUAUGAGGCUGCUCUGAGAUUAAUUACCGAACGCAUUCGAGAGAUGACUGACGUUGAGUUUCGCGAUCAACCCGUGGACACAGGCCCAAAUGCUAGCACCAACGAAGCAACACUUGCUGCUAUGCUCAUACUCUCCAAUCACUCUCUUCUUGGGUCUGAUAUAACUCAAGCCUAG